AUGUAUAAAUCAGUCAGAAAGCCUCGUUUGACUGCUAGUUAUAAUGCGCUUACAAAUAGAGUGUCUCUUUAUUUGACUUAAUGUCCAACAUGAGUUAGUAAAUAGUAUAUAAAUAUUAGAACUACAGGUAAAAAGUCUAAUCUAGCAAAUAUCUAUCUUAAAAAUGUGGAUUAAUUGA